AUGGACACUCGGGGGUCAGCUCCCCAGCCUUUCCAGCAGCCUGAGAAACCUGGUCGUGUCCGCCGUCGGAAGACCAGAAGGGAGCGUAAUGAGGCCCUGAUGGGCAGCCGCCGGUCAGUGACCCGUCAGGAUCCUCCAGUGGGCAGUCAAGAGCCAGAUGUGACCCGUCGGAAGGCACCCUUCGGAACUCUCCAGAAUCCUCUGGCCCCUGCUGCCCCCAAGCUCGUGGUCAUAACCCAAGGCCGGCUGAGCCGAGAGCACUGGGGUCUAUUCAAUCAUGAGGUUAAAUCGUUGGACGUGGCACGACUACUUAGCAGUAAGGCCCUGGAGUCAAGUACCCCUCCACUUCCCACCAGUCCCUCCCCAAGCCUGGGCAACAUCCAAGAACCGGCCCCACAGUCAAGGGGUAAAGAGAACCAGUUGCCUGGAGGCUAUGAACCAGGUCCACCCAGUUCCCCAGAGCUCUUAAGCUUGGGUCAGCUGCUGCGGGAGUUGCGGUACCAGCUGAUUCUGCCCCAGGCCUUCCCCAGGAGGAACCUGGUACAAGAGACCAGGGACCUCAUCGUGGGCACCUUACACAGCUGCCAUGGCUGUGUACCUGACCUGGGCCUGCUGCUUCGGGGUGGUCAGCCACCCUUGCCAGGAACCAAGCCCAGGGACCCUGAGAGACGAAGGAUGACACCUUCAUGGAUCCACAGCCCUGAACAGGCCCCAGGACAGGGGUGGCAGAGCAGGCGACAGGGGCCAAAGGAGCUCACCUUCACCAUGGCUCACACCACCAGCACGCCCACUCCACACAGGGCCAGCCUGACACCAACAAGAGGCCCCUGGCUACCCCCACUGCCUUCAUUACCUUCACCAUCUGGGGCAUCCUCGGGUCCCCCAACAGCCUUUGACUUGCUAAAAAGCAUCUGGCUGGUAGCCACCCCGACCCCUCCCCGGCCCUCAGGGACUAGCCUACCACAACCUCUGCUUCAGCCACCAUCACCUUUGUUGCCCAGAAUCUCGGCCCUAGACUGGAGUCCCAGUCCCCCUGCCCCACUACCCAGCCUCUCCUGGGUAGUAGCCCAGAGCAGCCCUGAGGCCUGGUCAUUUCCACCUAUGAGACUGUACUGA